AUGGGAAAACAGGAACACAUCUUAGCAAAGCUGGCAGCUACCCUUCAGAUCCGGCAUGAUCUCCUGCGUCAGGCUCUGGCUGAAUGUUUGGGGACUCUGAUUCUGGUGAUGUUUGGUUGUGGUUCGGUGGCACAGCUGGUGUUGAGUCGAGGCUCUCAUGGCACGUUCCUCAGCGUCAACUUGGCCUUUGGAUUUUCUGUAACCCUGGGGAUCCUUGUGAGUGGACAGAUCUCAGGCGGUCAUCUGAACCCAGCAGUGACCUUUGCUCUGUGUUUGCUUGGAAGGGAGCCCUGGAGGAAGCUGCCAUUGUUCUUUUUCUUUCAGACCUUUGGAGCAUUUCUGGGUGCAGCGAUUGUAUUCUGCAUGUAUUUAGAUGCACUGCUGGACUUCAGCCAGGGGGAGCUGAUGGUGGUGGGGGAAAACGCCACAGCAGGGAUUUUUGCCACAUAUCCAUCAGAGCAUCUCAGCCUGGUUAAUGGAUUCUUUGAUCAGGUUAUUGGAACAGCUGCACUGAUCGUGUCCAUCCUGGCCAUAGUUGAUCCAAACAACAAUCCAACUCCCAAAGGUCUGGAGCCGUUCACCAUCGGCUUUGUGGUGUUGGUCAUCGGCCUGUCGAUGGGCUUUAACUGUGGGUAUGCGGUGAAUCCGGCCAGAGACCUGGGGCCACGGAUCUUCACGGCUCUUGCAGGCUGGGGUGGAGAGGUUUUCACAGCGAACACCUACUGGUUCUUUGUGCCCGUCUGUGCCCCCUUCUUGGGUGCAGUGGUGGGUGUGCUGAUAUAUCAACUCCUGGUUGGAUACCAUUUAGGAGCAGAGGUGCAAGAGGAGCAGAAGAAGGAGGAAGAGGAGGAAGAGGAACAGGACAAAAACUUGCAGGAAAAGUGGUGA